AAAAAUUGCAAAAAAUGUCCACUGUUAAACAAACCCUCCUCAACAACUUAGGAAAGGAAUUGAACGAAGCUGGUUACUUCACUGAACAAUCAUUCUAUCACCCUUUGACCAAGACUAAGGAUGCUAAGUUACCAAGUGAUAGAACCAACGUUCCAAACGCUGAUAUCUUGAAUAGAACAAAGGAAGGAUACCUUUCAAAUGAACAAAUUUUGGACAUCUUCGGCAAGCCUUUGGACUCAAAGGAUUUCGAAAUCACAAAGGACGAACAAGAAAUCUUGAGAAACGAUCCAUCUCAAUUCAAGGCUGUUUUACACAUGGCACCAGCUGCUCCUUGCAAGGCUCACGUCUUGAACAUGUUCUUGGAUGACUGUGCUGAUGAAACUCUCGGUAAGAGUAACGCCACCAUGUUGCAAUGGUCUCAAUGUAACAAGCACUUCUACAAGUGGACUACUUGUCUUGCUAAACACAGAAAAUGGUAUGAAGCUCGUUAUAACUCUAUCACAAAGGUUGUUCCAGAACAACAAGUUAGAGGUAUCCAAGAUACUCACCCAAGAAGAGAUCCAUCUACUUACCGUGCUCCAUCCUUCGAUAACUAAAUUAAUAAUAAUUGGUUACACUUUGUAUUAGAAUAAAAGGGUUUCAAAAUCCAUAAAAUUGCCACGGGCAUUUGAAUAUUUAA